AUGGCCAUCGAAAGAGAAACUGAAUGCUGGAAGAAUGCCUGCAGAAAUCAUACUGAAUGCAGUAAUGAGUCUUUCUACUGCAGUGGCAAAUUAAGAGACUACACAUUUCCAGAUGGAACCUGCCCAACGAAAAAACUAAAUCAUACAAUCUAUGAUUUUGGAAUUUUUCCUGAUGCUCUUCAGUCCGGUGUUGUGGAAGUGACUAAUUUUCCGCAGAAGUUUUUGCAUUGUUUUCUACGGGGCUUGCAAAAUCUCAGAGUGAAGGAGAUGAGACUUGAAACACUAAAGAUUGGGGAUUUGAUGCUCCUACAAAAGCUUCCUAAAAAUCUCCAACAACAGGCUAGGAAAUAUCAGCGAUUCAUAUGGCGAAAGAACAAAGAUGACGGUGUAGAAUUUUUGUUUAGUCAUCUCCCCAAUACUCUUGCAAGGAACAUUAAUCGAGAGCUAUACUUGAAGCUACUCAAGAAAGUACGAGAGUUUAAGAUGUUAAAUGAAGAAAGGUUGGAAGCAUUGUGUGAUAAUGGUAUAACUGGCUUUGCAAGCACUGAUCAUAGCAGAGAUGAUGAUAAUAGCAUAAGCAAAAAGGAUGAUCUGGUAGAUUGUGAUUUCUAUGGAGAACUUAUCGCAUGGGCUCUAGAUGGCCAUAUAUCAACAAGUAUCCCCUUGUCAAGAAGAUCUGUUAAAUCACUUACAAAUGUUGAAGCAUUUGCUCUUAUGGCCUAUGAACUGAAACAUGGUUCCUAG